CUGGUAAUCGCCGCUCAUUUUUGUGCGAAAUCACCUGUUGUUAUUUUUGCAUAUCGUUAGCAUUUACUUUUUUUAAACCUUUGCAUAUAUUUUCUAGUCUAUAAAUUAACUGACCGUUGCAUAAUGCUGCAAGUACGACCCAGCCUCUACAGCCGAGUGCUGAGACCAAUAAUGAAUCUUGCUACUUUACAUCGCGAAAAUCAUACCGAAGCUAAAGUGCAGGUAAGUGAUAACGUCGCUAUCAAUUAUGUGCAAAGCGGCAGUGGUGACAAAAGUGUGCUGCUAAUGCCCGGCGCAUUAGGGUCUGCGUGGACGGACUUUAAGCCCCAAAUCGAGAUGCUGCCUCAACUUUUGCCUAACCAUACAAUCAUCGCGUGGGACCCACCAGGCUAUGGAAAGUCCCGACCACCCGCGCGAGAAUUUGGUCUCGACUUCUUCCAAAAAGAUGCAAGCUAUGCUGUGGAUCUAAUGCGUGCUCUGGGUCGUCCUAAAUUUUCAAUACUAGGAUGGAGUGAUGGUGGUAUAACUGGUAUUAUUGUAGCAGGUCGCUUUGCCGAUUGUGUCGAAAAUUUGAUAAUUUGGGGUGCUGGCGCUUAUUUGAAUGCCGAAGAGGAGAAAGCGUUAAAAGCUAUUCGUGAUGUACAGAAGUGGUCACCUCGGAUGCGAGAACCAAUGGAAAAGGUCUAUGGGGUGGAGGAAUUUAGAAAAUUGUGGGCGGCAUGGGUUGAUGCCGCAGCGGCAAUAUAUAAAGAUUGCAAAGGUGAUUUUUGUUGUGCUGAAGUGAAUCAAGUGAAAGCGCCGACAUUUAUAUUACACGGAAAGAAGGAUCCAAUGAUUGCCGCUGAGCAUAUACCAUACCUAAGAGAACGUAUUCAAGGCUGCAAGUACUACGAAUUUCCCGAAGGUAAACAUAAUAUUCACCUGCGCUAUGCUGAAGAAUUCAACAAAUUAGUGGCAGAGUUCUUGCUGCAAAAGUCCUAGUAAUAGCAUUUAGAAAUUUGAAAUUCAUAUGUGGGUACUUAUGGGUAUAUCCUGGGUAAAGGAUGCAACAUUUGCACGCGUUUAAGGAAGCUUUAAGUAGAAAAGAAGCAGACAAUUCGUGUGCGAGUAUAUUUUAAUUAUUGCAAAGUACUGAAAGAGUACGAUAUUAAACAAAAGAUUUUGGAAGGUUAUAAUUAAGUACAAAGCCACAAGUAAACAUAUUGAGACAUGUACAACAUUCACGGGUGCUUGGAGAAAAAUUAUUUUCUUUGAAUGUGAGAAUUAAGUUAAAAAAUUGUCUUUCAUUUGUAGACUUAUGAAGUGUGAGAAAUACGACUGAUAUUUAUUUUAACUCUUAGAUUAAUAAUGAAAUUCGACACAAAAUGAAGCGUAACGCCUAGUGAAUUGUGUGUGAAAGGCAAUGAAAAAUUUUAAUCACUAAAAUAGUUGGAAGAUUUAGCCAUAGCAUAGACAAUUGGGGCUAAAACUCUGCUGUAGCAGCAUGUUUUUGUUGUACCAGUAUAAACAUUCCCCAUAAAUAUCCUUUUUUUUACUGCAUUUCCAUUUUCAUGUAAAGCACGUUUGUCAUGUGAAGUGACGAAUGCUUUGCAAUUAAAUUCAAUCGCAAGACGAGAAAUACCGGUUUAAAUAAAUUCAUUUUUAAAUUGGUUCCUGCUUCCGUCGGAGAAAAUAUAAAUGCUUUCAAUUAUAAGUUUCAAUAUUAUAAUUAUUGUAGCUCAAUUUAUCACUUAAAUGAUUAAGUUUCACCUAAACGCUAAGCUACGCUACUGCUAUCUUUCUCGUUCCCACGGCAGUCGUUUCUACGUAACCGGAGCGCCACGGACUAUCGCUUCAGCAGCAUUCCGCGUAUAUGUAUGGGGUAUAUUUAUGCUGCUACAACAAUUGCUAUCUUUCUCCCAGGUCUUUACUUUUUUUACUGGUAUACGAUCACUGCCUUCCUUUCCAGCUGUAUCAAUUUCUGCGUCCUUUUACAGUUUUUGCUUUUUUUUUUUUUUUUUUUUUUUUUUCCUUCUAAAAUCCCGCUUUAUUUUAGCUUCUUUAUUCUUAUGUUACUGCCAUUUUUCAUUGUUGCUGGUCUAGCAUAAAAAUUCCUCGUACAUGUUUGAGGAAUGCUGUUUCAAUCUUUGGCCGGAUAUAAAUCCGAGUUGUUCCGGUAACGUAGAACCCUGCGGAAUGGUAGACACGCCCAAACCUUACGGCUACGACGGCCGCAUUACUGAUAUUAUUUAAAUGAAUACUCAGAACUUACGAUUACUCACGCGAUAAAUUUGAAACGUAAAUAAAAUUUUAAAUUCGAUUUGUCGAGAGCGAAUAGUUUAAUUUUUUUGAACGAAUCAAUAAGCUUGUUUUGUAUUUAAAUCUGUUUUCAUUUCACAAACUUAUCUACCAAUGGUAGCGAUUGAUAAGGUUUCCACGACAGUCGGUUCUACGUUACCGAAACGACCCGGAUUUAUAUCUGGCCAAGGACUGCCACUCCAGCACCAUUCCCCGUAUGUAAGUAUGGGGAAUGUUUAUGCUACUACAAAAACAACAUUAAUAAGGUUUUUGGUAACGGACGCGAUAUUCCGUGUAUGAGUAGGAUCAAAUUGUCAUUCGAACCCGCUUCGCUCUUUUUACACUAUGCAGCAAAAGAUUGUUGUUAAUGGAAAAAUUCGAAAUUGCAACCACAACAUAUAGCUUUUAGUAAGCUACAUACGCAAAGUUAAUAUUAUUACAUAUACACAAUUAGGAAAAGCAGAAAAUUCUUUUAUAUUACAUAUAUUUAUUACAUACACACAAAUACAUACGGCGGCCGCCGUAGCCGAAUUGGUUGAUGCGUGACUACCAUUCGGAUUUCAGAGAGAGAACGUUGGUUCGAAUCUCGGUAAAAGACCAAAAUGCAGAAAAGUGUUUUCUAAGGCGGUCGCCCCUCGGCAGGCAAUGGCAAACCUCUGAGUAUAUUUCUGGCAUGAAAAAGCUCCUCAUAAAAUAUUUUCUGGUCGGAAUCGACUUGAAACUGUAGGUCCCUCCAUUUGUGGAACAACAUCAAGACGCAUACCACAAAAAGGAGGAGGAGCUUCGGCCAAACACACAAAAUGGGUGUACGCGGUGUAUAUAUAUAUAUUUAAACCUUAUUGUUAAUUAAAAAAAACGGAUCAGUCCG